AUGCUAGAGGACCAAUUUGCUGCUGUCAAACUCACUGACAGUACCCCAGAUAGGACAACCCAGAUCUCCACCACGCAGAUCUCCACCACCCAGAUCUCCACCACCCAGAUCUCCACCACCCAGAUUUACCCAGAUCUCCACCACCCAGAUCUACCAAGAUCUACCAAGAUCUCCACCACCCAGAUCUCCACCACCCAGAUCUCCACCACCCAGAUCUACCAAGAUCUCCACCACCCAGAUCUACCAAGAUCUACCAAGAUCUCCACCACCCAGAUCUCCACCACCCAGAUCUCCACCACCCAGAUCUACCAAGAUCUCCACCACCCAGAUCUACCAAGAUCUACCAAGAUCUCCACCACCCAGAUCUCCACCACCCAGAUCUCCACCACCCAGAUUUACCCAGAUCUCCACCACCCAGAUCUACCAAGAUCUCCACCACCCAGAUCUCCACCACCCAGAUCUCCACCACCCAGAUUUACCCAGAUCUCCACCACCCAGAUCUACCAAGAUCUACCAAGAUCUCCACCACCCAGAUCUCCACCACCCAGAUCUCCACCACCCAGAUCUCCACCACCCAGAUCUCCACCACCAAGAUCUCCACCACCCAGAUCUACCCAGAUCUCCACCACCCAGAUCUCCACCACCCAGAUCUCCACCACCCAGAUUUCCACCACCCAGAUCUCCACCACCCAGAUCUCCACCACCCAGAUUUACCCAAAUCUCCACCACCCAGAUCUCCACCACCCAGAUUUACCCAAAUCUCCACCACCCAGAUCUCCACCACCCAGAUUUACCCAGAUCUCCACCACCCAGAUCUCCACCACCCAAAUCUCCAGCACCCAGAUCUCCACCACUCAGAUUUACCAAGAUGUCCACCACCCAGAUUUACCCAGAUCUCGACCACCCAGAUCUCCACCACCCAGAUCUCCACCACCCAGAUCUCCACCACUCAGAUUUACCAAGAUGUCCACCACCCAGAUUUACCCAGAUCUCCACCACCCAGAUUUACCCAGAUCUCCACCAACCAGAUCUCCACCACCCAGAUUUACCCAGAUGUCCACCACCCAGAUCUACCCAGAUCUCCACCACCCAGAUCUCCACCACCCAGAUCUCCACCACCCAGAUUUACCCAGAUCUCCACCACCCAGAUGUCCACCACCCAGAUUUACCCAGAUCUCCACCACCCAGAUCUCCACCACCCAGAUCUACCGAGAUCUCCACCACCCAGAUUUCCACCACCCAGAUUUCCACCACCCAGAUCUACCCAGAUCUCCACCACCCAGAUCUCCACCACUCAGAUUUACCCAGAUCUCCACCACCCAGAUCUCCACCACUCAGAUUUACCCAGAUCUCCACCACCAAGUUUCCACCCAGAUCUCCACCACCCAGAUUUACCCAGAUCUCCACCGACCAGAUCUCCACCACCCAGAUCUACCCAGAUCUCCACCACCCAGAUCUACCCAGAUCUCCACCACCCAGAUCUACCCAGAUUUCCACCACCCAGAUCUACCCAGAUCUCCACCACCCAGAUCUCCACCACUCAGAUUUACCCAGAUCUCCACCGACCAGAUCUCCACCACCCAGAUCUACCCAGAUCUCCACCACCCAGAUCUACCCAGAUCUCCACCACCCAGAUUUACCCAGAUCUCCACCACCCAGAUCUACCCAGAUCUCCACCACCCAGAUCUACCCAGAUCUCCACCACCCAGAUUUACCCAGAUUUCCACCACCCAGAUUUCCACCACCCAGAUCUACCCAGAUCUCCACCACCCAGAUCUCCACCACCCAGAUCUACCCAGAUCUCCACCACCCAGAUCUACCCAGAUUUCCACCACCCAGAUUUCCACCACCCAGAUCUACCCAGAUCUCCACCACCCAGAUCUCCACCACCCAGAUCUACCCAGAUCUCCACCACCCAGAUCUACCCAGAUCUACCCAGAUCUCCACCAUCUGUAG